AUGGAAGAAAGCGUCGCGUUAGACACCAGUAAACAAAAGGACUUUGUAAAGUCUGUUAAAGGAAUAAAGAAAGUAUUGAACAAGAAAAAAAAGCAACAUGAAGAAGCAACUAAAAAUAUAGAGAAAGGUGUGCAAGAUGGAAAAAUCAAGAAACGUAGACCAAGAGGGCUGGUCUAUUUAUCACACAUUCCACAUGGUUUUUAUGAGCAUCAAAUGCAACAAUAUUUUUCACAGUUUGGCUUAGUUACAAAUGUUAGAGUAAUCAGAUCUAAGAGGACUGGCAACUCGAAAGGCUAUGCAUUUGUUGAAUUCAGAGACACCACUGUCGCUCAAGUUGUUGCAGAGACUAUGAACAAUUAUCUCAUGGGAAAGAGAUUAAUCAAAGCUCAGUACAUACCUCCUAAAAAACAAAGAAGAAAUGCAAAGAGACAUACUUGGACCCCUGAAAACAAUCCAACAGCAAAUAGAAGGAGGGAAGAAAAGAAGAAAAUUAAUAAAACAAAAUCUGACGUAGAGAAUCUUCAAGCUGCCAAGAAUUUGUUGAAAACGCUUAACAAAACAAAAAGUAAACUUAAGGCAAUGGGUAUAGACUAUGAUUUUUUCAAGCCAGUGGAUAUACCAGCAGGUUUACAACUUAAUCAAGAAAUUCCUGAAGUGAAGGAAGAAAAAAAACCUGAUAUCAAAAAAGAAGAAAGCAAAGAUGAUAAAAAGCAAAUUAAACAAGUGGAUGUUGAUAGUAAUACUUCGUCUAAGAAAAAGAGAAAGUCCAGUGCUAAAGACGGCAAGGACAUUAAUAAGAUUGUUGAAGAGGUAGUCAUUAAAAAGUCUAAAGUUAAAAAAGAUGCAACAGUAGAGGAAAUUGCUAAGCCUAUUUUAAAAAAAGCCAAGAAAAACAAAUCAGAGAAAUUACUAAAACAAAAAAGUCAUGUUGAAAUGCAGAAAAAAAGUAAACAAAAAUCAGAGGAUAUCAGUGUUCAAACAUUAGAAGACUUUAUCCGAUUAGAACAUCAGUCUGAUGAUGAUAGUGAUGAUGAUUUUAACUCUGAUGAGUUUGAAAAGGCUGUGGGUGAGGACUCCUUAGAUUCUGGAGGUGAUAAGUCCGAUGGUGACACAUCAGAAGUUGAAUCUCCCAAAAUGUUGAAGGCAAAGAAACAAAAACGUGUGAAAAGAGUUGUGCAACAGGCACCUCCAGUCGAGACAUUGAAUGAAAAGAAAAAAAAACAAACCAAGCCACCACAAACACCCACAGUGUCUGAUCCUAUACAGAUAGCAGAAAAGAAACCUAUACCAUCCAAGAAAGCAAAGUUUGAGAAGCAGAAAAAUAAGAAAACUCUUAACAAAGUGAUUAAGAAGAAAAAGUAA